AUGGAGGGCCUGCCUAAAUUCAAGGAGCGCGAGAAGGCGCUGGAAGACGAGUAUAUUCGCCGGAAGGACCCCUCAUACGUGCAGCAUGCUGACAAAUAUCGUGAAGAGCCGAGAAAUUCAAACCACCCGCGCCGACUCAGCCGGGAAGUACCCAACCCUCGAAUCCAGGGCAGCAUGUUACGAGUCUUUGGUACAGACCGACCUCGUAUUCUGGCGGCGGCCCUCGCCAUCAUCUUCCUCUUUGUUCUCCUCCCAACCAGAUACUCGAACCAGGUCCAGAUAGGGCAUCUCUUCACGCCUCCCGUCGUGACGCCUAGGCAGGCUGCGGCAAAUAAGACACUCGGAUUCGAAAAGUUGUUGGCGCUCUCAUCGAAACCCAGCUGGCGCACGCGCGGGCUGCAAGCGGCAGCCAACCUCACGGGUCUCGAAUUCACCAUUCCAACACAACCACACAAUCCCGAAGAGCUCGUCCAUGCGUUUGAGGAGAUCGGGGUCGCCUCGGGGGCCACUACACCCAAGCAUGGCUCGGCCACAGCCUGGGUCGCCCACCUCGACUUGCUGAAGUACAUCAUCGCGGCGGGGUUCGAGACUGCUUUUAUUGUCGAGGACGACGUCGACUGGGACGUCCGGAUCAAGUGGCAGGUGCAGCUGGUUUCGGACAACAUCCGCAACUACACGCAGGUGUCGGAGAACGACACGGCGCCGUACGGCAGGGACUGGGACGUACUCUGGCUGGGUCACUGCGGCUCGGCGAUCGACGACUGGGUGGCCCCGGGCCUGACGUACGCCGACAAAACGCGGAUUGCGACCAAGCGGUACGUGAGCUGGUCGACCAAGUUCCUCAAGGAGAACGUGCCCGAGGGCCACCGACACAUCCACAUCUCGACCAUGACGGUCUGCUCGUUCGGAUACGGGGUGACCAAGCAGUCAGCGCAGAAGAUCCUGUCGCUGCUCGCGCAGGGGGCCGACGAGGCCUUUGACGUGGCGCUGUCGCACCGCUGCCGGUCCAACGAGCUACGGUGCCUGGUGGUGAACCCGCAGCUGAUGCACCACUACGAGCCGCCCAAGGACCGCGGGUACGUGUCGCCCGUGGACGUGGGCGACGGGGACGGCGAAGCCGGCAACGAGACCGACUACGAGUCGGUCAAAGGCACCACGCUGAACAUUGUCAAGAGCGCGCGAUGUCGGGCCCUGUUUCAUGACACGUGUAUGUGA